AUGGUAUUGUAUUCGUACAAGCCAUCAUACAUCCGGAAUGAUGACGAAUUCUUUGGUUAUCUACUGCAAGUAAACCAUGAGAAGUGUAGAAGUGUUCUACAUGUGGAGUUCAUCAAUGAAGAAGUGAAAUUUUCAGAAGAGGAUGAUGAAAUUGAUGGCUAUGUCGGUCUCUCUGAUAGAGAGGCUAUAGAGGCUGGUGAUGAGGAUGGUACUGAGAAUGAUGAAACUGAUGCCUAUGUUGGUAUAUCUGAUAGAGAGACUAUAGAGGCUGGCGAUGAAGAUGGUAAUGGUGGUGUGCUCACUUUUGACGAAGACAUUGAGAUGCAUGAUGGUGUCAAUCAGACACGGGAUGAUGGUAUGGAUUUGGUUAUAGGUCAAGAAUUUUUAACCAAGGAGGCAGCAAAAGUUCUUAUUCAAACCGCGUCAUAUCAAAAUUGUUUUGAGUUUGAUAUAAUUAAGUCGGAUACUAAGAGAUUUGUGGUUAAAUGCCGAGGAGCCAAAGAUGGGUGCAAGUGGUUUGUGCGAGUUGCAAUGGUGAAGAAUUCAGAUAUUUGGUCGGUUAGAAGUUAUUUCAAGCAGCAUACAUGUUUUGUCGUUACAAGAGAGGCUGGUGAUGAAGAUGGUACUGAGAAUGAUGCAAAUGAUAAUGACGAUUUUGGUGGUGUGCUCACUUAUCACCAAGACAUUGAGAUGCAUGAGAAUGGCAACGGAAAAGAUGGCAAUGAGUUUAAAGAUACAGAAGUAAGACCAGCAGCUAACUAUGAGCCAUGGGAUGAUGGUGUGGAUAUGGUUCUAGGUCAAGAAUUUACCACCAAGGAGGCAGCAAAAGUUCAUAUUCAGAAAGCUUCACAUCAAAAAUGUUUUGAGUUUGAUAUAAAGAAGUCGGAUACUAAGAGAUUUGUGAUUAAAUGUCGAGGAGCCAAAGAAGGUUGCAAGUGGUUUGUGCGAGUUGCAAAGUUAGAGAAUUCAGAUCUCUGGACGGUUAGAAGUUAUAUCAAGCAACAUACAUGUUCUAUUGUUACUACUAGAACACUGCGUGAUAGAAGGAAAGGCACAAAACAAAUCGUUGCAUCUGUUUUGGCUCAAGAUUAUCCUGGUACAUUUGACACACCAGUUCCCAAAGUUCUGAUCGAUUUGGUUCAUCGCAAAGUUGGUGUGAAAGUAUCAUACACCGCCGCAUGGAGAGGAAAAAGAGAAGCUGCAAAUGAAGUGCGAGGGAGUCCAGAAGAGAGUUUUACUUUACUACACUGUUAUAUGCACAUGCUGGAACAAACCAAUAUUGCCACAAGAACACUUGUAGAAGUGGAUGAGCACCAAAGAUUUAAAUAUCUGUUUUUUGCACUUGGAGCUAGCGUAGAAGGGUUCCGUGCAAUGAGGAAAGUCCUCAUUGUGGAUGUAACACACCUCAAGAAUGUUUAUGGUGGAGUUCUCCUUGUUGCGACAGCUCAAGAUCCCGAUCAUCACCACUACCCAAUUGCAUUUGGUGUAGCAGAUGGUGAGAAUGAUCAAAGUUGGAUAUGGUUUAUGGAACAGUUGAAAUUAGCGAUAACUGAUGUCCCCAGAUUGGUGUUUCUUUCAGAUAGAAACAGAAGCUUAAUCAAGGCAGUACGUCUAGUGUUCCCUGAGGCCGAACAUGGGUAUUGUAUAUGGCAUUUAUCUCAGAAUGUUAAAGGCCACGUCCAUAACAACAAAGAUACUUGUGCGUUCAAGUUUAGAGAAUGCGCACAUGCUUAUACAGUGGCUGAGUUCCAGUACCUUUAUCAUGCUUUUCGCAGGAAGUAUCCAAGUGCAGCGGCGUAUCUUUACAAAAGUGUUGAAGAGAAGAAAUGGGCUAGAUGUUACUUUAAAGGAGAUAGAUAUAAUGUCGACACCACCAAUUCAGUAGAAUCUUUUAAUGGUGUUAUUAGGGGAGCGAGAAUGUACACCUUACUGCCAAUGUUUGAUGUAAUCAUUGCAAAAAUGCCUGAAUGGUUUAACAAGUAUAGGAAGAAGGCAGCUGAAGUACCAUACAACCUGAAGCUUGUGCCUAUUGUGGAAGAGGAAAUGUCUAAAAGAUGUGUUGAAGGAGGGUUUCUCACAGUUAAAGAGUUAAACAGCUUCCAUCUUGAGUACAGUGUGCAAGGUGCUGACGGGAAGGUUUAUACCGUUGAUAUGGCUAUAUACACUUGUAGCUGUGAGCAAUUUGAUAAAGACAAAUACCCAUGUGUGCAUGCAGUCGCGGCUGCCACAUUCAUGACACAUAAAGCAGGAAAAGAACUUCAUCUAUCUGAGUAUUGUUCUAAGUACUAUUUGGUAGAGCAAUGGGCUUUGGCUUAUCACAGGACAAUAUAUCUUGUUCCUCAUAUGUCUGAUUGGGUUAUACCAGAAGAAGUUAGAGCAAAGAAAAUACUUCCUCCGGAUUUGGAAGUCAAGAAAGGAAAACCACAACAAACAAGGUUUCCAUCAGUAGGAGAAUCUCGUGGAAGAGGAAAAAGAGGCAAAGGGAGUGGUAGAGGGAGUGGCAGAGGCACGGGCAGAGCCAGAGGAGAAGGUCUUGCAGCAUAUUUUGAAUGUGGAAGUGGUUCGGGUUCAGGUGUUUGA